UGUAAGAGGAAGAGGGGAGGGCUGGGAGAGAGUGCACAUUAAGAGUUUUGUCUUUUCUUUGAAAAGUUGGAACAGGUGCUUCUAAGAUUUCUGGUCUGAUUUUUUAAUGUAAUACUAUUUUAUUCACCGGCGUUUCUAUUUAUAUGCACGUCUGAAGAUGCUAUGAGAGAGGAAAAGAUGGAACCUGAAGAGACGGAGGUUGAUUCAUCACCUUCCUGGUCUCCUGUAUCUAGAGAGAGACUCCUCACAUGUGCCAACUUGUCAGAUUUUGCAGGGAAGAAAAGAAAACAAGACCCAAGUAGUGAUGCUGACAAUUCAGCCCGAAUCUUGGAGGACUGUGAAGACGAUGACUUUCCCAUCAGUGACCACAUGCAAGAUUCUGAGGGUCCAUGUAACAAAAGAGUCAAACCAGUAGACAAAAGUGCUUCAGUCACUGGUAUCAUAACACCGGUAAAGACCCCUGCAUUGAAACGCUUGGGCCAGUCCAUACAGCGUUCAAUCAGUUUCCGCACAGAGGCCCGACCCUUGCCCCCAAUGCCAAUAAGAACACGCCAGAAGGCCUCUUCAUUUCCGCGGCGGCGGAGCAGCCAGCUGUGGAGUGAUACAGUGGACACUACGAGCCACGAGCUCAGUACCAAAGAGAUCAAACGACAAGAGGUAAUCUAUGAGUUAACCCAGGGAGAGAAACAGCUCAUUGAGGAUCUAAGUCUAGUGAAAAAGGUGUACUAUGAACCAAUGCUGAAAUUAGACAUCUUGACAGAAAGUGAGCUGGGACAGAUAUUUGGAACCCUUGAUUCUUUAAUACCCCUUCAUGAAGAUCUUUUAGCUCGUCUUGAAGGUCUUCGUGGAGCAGAGAAGACUGUGCAAGAGGUCGGCCCAACCAUGAUGGAUUGGUUUCCCUGCCUGGAGGCGUACAUCACCUACUGCUGCAACCAGGUUGGGGCAAAAGCUCUGCUCGAUCAAAAGAAGCAAGACCGGCGGGUCGAGCAUUUCUUGCGGCUGUGUCAGGAGUCAUCCUUCAGCAGAAAGCUGGACCUGUGGAACUUUCUGGACUUGCCCCGCAGCAGACUGGUGAAAUAUCCUCUGCUCUUAAAGGAGAUCCAGAAGACCACCCCACCUGAACAUCCGGACGAGGAAGCGUUGCCACAGGCUAUGGAACUUAUCCAAAGGAUUAUAACAGAUGUCAAUCUUAAAACUGGGGAGGCUGAGUGUCAGUUUUACAGACGGGGUCUGAGCUACUCAGAAGACGGCCAGAGGGUUCCAGAAAUACAGGCCUCUCGUUUUUUGUACUGUCACGGUGAACUGAAGAGUACUAAAGGACAGAAGCUGCAUGUGUUCCUGUUUGAGCUAGUUUUGGUUUUGACUCGAGCAGUGGCACAGGACAGGGAAGGGCCGCUCAUGUUCCAGGUGUAUCGUCAGCCCCUCCCAGCUGCUCAUCUCCAUCUGGAGGACCUUCCCGAUGGAGAGCCGAGCAGUUCUGGAUCCUUUCGUGGGGCUUUUACAGGCAAUGAUAAAGUGAAGAACUGUUUCCGUGUGAGCACCACAGGCCGCUCCAAGUCUCAAUCCCACAGCCUGCAGGCUAAUGACUCCUUCAAUAAGCAGCAAUGGAUUUCUUGUCUUCGCCAAGCCAUGGUCCAGUCACGGGACAGACAGGCUCAAAGCAGCCACUGCAAACCCUCCGAGCGUUUAAGCCCUGACCCGGCGCUCUAUAACAACAUCGCUGAACUGAACCUUAACUCUGAUGUGGAGAUGCCGGACACAUAGGCCAGGGCUACCGGUGCACCCCCAGGUCACAAACACAGGAUUUCACUUGUGGCCAUGACAGCUGACUUUCUCAGGACAAAUGAAAUCAUGCAGUUUCUGUCUGGAAACUGUGAGAAUAAUGUCAUGUAGCCAUAUUAGUGUACUUCAUAUGUGAAUGUUUGUUGCUGUCAGGUCUAUUAGAUGGAAUAUUUUGGAUUGAAUUUUUGCUUCUUGCUUAACCUGUUUUAUUUUUCCACAUUGAGAAUUAUGUGUGAUAUCUGCUUAAAAUAUGUGAACCAUCUCUCAGUUCCUCUUUCCUUUAAAUUGUGUUUGAAUUGCGUAUCAUUCCUCUCCAUCCGAUCUGGUUAAUAAACAACAACAUUAGUGCAAUCUGAACGGUAACUAAUCUUAUGUGCGGCCAGGCUUUUUCUCAUUGUACUUUGGCAGCAUUAGGGCAAAUAGUACUGCAAGUCUUUUAUUGAUAUAACCUGAAUGUAGCCUAAAUGCUUAUUUUGCCAUUUCUCUUAUUUAAAGGUACUCUGAGACAUUAUAAAAAGGUAUUUGUUCCCGUUUUCCUUUCAGUGCAUUUUGGUUACCGUUUUGUUUUCAAUAAACUGACAACUUUCA